GUAUCAUUGAUCGGAUGACUGCAAACAAUAUUAUAAAAUUGAGUGAAGUUAAAAAAAGUCAAUAAGUUGUGGAAAUUAAAAAAAUUAUACACAAAAAUUAGCCCUAAAAUUAAUUUCCCCCAGUGAAAAAACUCUUUACUACGCUCCAGUAGUUUUGUGGAAAAGAAACAAUAUAUAUUCUAACAUAUUUCGUACAAGUUCUACGUUUCUGGUAACACAGAGGAACUUGGAUAUAUGGAUUUUUGCUUUUCAUCCCAUGGUGUGUGAGCUGCAAAACUUUUCUAACAUCCCAAGAUGCAAGAUUUAAGAUGUGUUUCCUCGGAGGCUCGGACUAAAUCUUGACAUCCUGCAACUAUCAAAAAAUCCGAAACCAAAAGAAAAAAAAAAAGAGAGAAAAAGAAACACAUAUACAUAAAAGAAUACUGUCAGUUCUCAGAGAACGAGGGGAAAAGCAAAAUCAUGGAGCUCCCUUCAAUCCAAGCAAAGAAAGGAGAAGGCAAGAACGUCUGCAGGGUCCUACGGGGCUGGCAGCCCCUCCCCAUCAUCGUCCCUGUGAUUCACGGGGAUGGGGAUUCGGAUCCCUGUGAGAUUUUUGAUGAGGGGCAGAUUUUACCCCCACGUCCCAUUUCUUGUAGGGAACGGGGAUCCCUGCAGAGAUCCUCAUUUCCCAAUAGUUAGUAUGAGAUGGCUUUGACAACAACAGCAAUGGCUCCGACAGCAGUAGCAGAUGGCUUCAGCAGCAGCAGCAGUAGAUGGCUCUGGCAACAGUAGCAGCAGAUGGCUUUGGCAACAGCAGAGCAGAUGGCUUCGGCAGCAAUAGAGGAGAUGGAUUCGGCAACAGGCUUCAGCAGCAGUAGUAGAAGAGAUGGAUUCGGCAGCAAGCUUCAGCAGCAACAACAGCAAAGCAGAUGUCUUCGACAGCAACAGCAGAGCAGAUGGAUCCGGCAACAGCAAAGUAGAUGACUUCAGCAACAGCAGAGUAGAUGGAUUCGAUAGCCAGCUUCGACAACAGCAACAACAAAGGAAAUUGAGAAGGUUUGAGUUUGAGGGCCCCAUGAAGUGGGGAAAACUCCCCGCGAAAUUUCACGAGGAGAAAAUGGUCCCAAUCCCCACCCCACAGGAAAGAAUAUUCCUCCCUGCCCCAUUCCCGUGGUGGGGAUCCUCAUGGGGCGCCACGGGAAACGGGGAGAAUUGCCAUCCCUAAAUGUAAUGGAAUAAGCCCAUUACACAAGAUUGUUUUUGUAUGUUAAUAAUAAGACUUUCACAAA